AUGGGCUCUCCAAUUGAUCUUACCUAUAUCUACAAACUCUCUAUUGUGAAGAUAAAGUCCAUCGGUAGUUCCAACAAUCAGACCACCAUACGCAAGGACACCAACACUCUGCGCAAAUUGGUGUUGAUCAAUACCUUUAUUGAACGCAAGAUGGCCUCUUACGAGGAAAUGCUGUUGGCCAAAAGGAAUUCGGCCAACAUGAACAUCGGAUGCGGCAAGAUUGCCAACAAUCAUGUCGGCGUCGGUGGUAACGGUGUCCGCGUGAAGCUGAUUAACGUGACGAGACCUAACGCUGUCGCUGUUGGCAACGGCAUUUACACCAAUCCGGCUGCGACCGUCAGCAGCAAUGACCUUGGUGAUUAUGAGGCGUUGGAUGAGUAUGAGAGACCUGUUUCUCCCCCGCCACCAUACUCCCCUCCUUCUUCACCUGUUUACCAACACUCGGAGUAUCCGUCGAAGCAUGAAUUCGGUCAAAUUCUCAUUCCGUUACAGCUGCACCGGGAUGGCUUUCAUGCAGCCGAGCAAACGCAUUAUCAACAAUAUUAUCAAUCUCAAAGAGGAUACUCGAAUCAAUCACAACCGCAGAAGGCGGUGCAAAAGAUAUUGAUUCCGUUUCCUGUCUCUCCCAAGCAGAAUAUUCAACUCGUCAAUAUCCCCCCGCCACGUUGGUUGACAACAGUUACUAUUGAGCGAGAGAUUCAGAUGGACCAAGGUUCUAAGCUCAUGUUUAGCAACGAGA